AUGGCGCAGCGGUUCAGUGGGCAGGUGGCUGUGGUGACUGGUGGGGCGAGUGGGAUUGGGAGAGCGGUGUGUGAGCGGUUGGGAAAGGAGGGCGCCACCAUUUGCAUCUUCGAUGUCAAGGAUGACGCCAUGCAGGAGACGGCAGAUGCUCUGGCAUCCCAGCAUGACAUCAAGCAUGUGAGCUGUCACAAGGUGGAUGUGGCCUGUGAAGAGAGCGUCAAGGCAGCGCUUGCAGCGGUAGAGGCUGCACACGGUCGUCUCGACAUCAUGAUCAACUGCGCAGGCAUCGUUGGGCCCCACGGUGUCAAGAUCGAGGACGUGGAAGGGGAUGCGUUUGAUCGCGUCCUUGCCGUCAACCUCAGAGGCAGCUUCAACAUGACCAAACACUGCCUGCCGCUCAUGUCAAAGCACGACUACGGACGCAUCUUGCUCAUCGCCUCAAUCGCCGGCAAAGAUGGCAACGCCGGCAUGUGUGCCUACUCGACAAGUAAAGCAGGGGUGAUUGGGCUGGCCAAGGCUGUCGGCAAGGAAUAUGCAGAAACCAACAUCACCGUCAACGCGCUGGCCCCAGCCGUCAUCAGAACAGCCAUGGUUGCCGGAAUGAAGCCGGAGCAGAUCAAGUACAUGACGGACAAGAUACCCAUGAAGCGAUGCGGCCUGCUUCAGGAAGUGGCAGCAACGGUUGCAUUUAUCGUGAGCAAGGAGGCAUCGUUCAACACGGGGUUCUGCUUCGAUCUCUCCGGUGGCCGGGCCGUGUAUUGA